AGUUAUUGAUAUCUUCAUUAUGGGGUCCAUCGACGUGAGCCAAGCGAUACCUGACGCGUAUCCACCACUUCCUAUCGAUGUUCUCAUCGUAGGAACCGGGCUUGCUGGCCUGACAGCAGCUCUCGAAUGUACGCGGAAGGGCAUGAAAGUACGUGUGCUGGAAAGAAAUCCAACUAUCAACACAGCAGGUGAUAUGUUCUUCAUGGGACUCAGUUCGACCAAAUGGUUCAAGCAUUGGCCAGAGCUUGCAGCGGAAUAUGACCGAAUCAGUCUACACAAUGCUUGGAUUGAAACUUACAGGCACAGUGGAGAGCCAAUGAUCAAAACCAUGAAGGUGUCGGAGAGACUGCGUGCAGUUGGAUUGGAUCCCAACACUCCGCCAGGAACUUUUCAGAUGAGGCCCUUGAUCUAUAAGAUGUUCGUUGAUCAAGUCGCUCGAUUGGGCGUCAAGGUGGAGUUCAAUCAAAGAGUUGUUGAUUAUUUCGAAGAUGUCGAAACUGGCAAAGGUGGUGUGAUUACCGCUGAUGGCACCAAGUAUGAAGCAGAUGUUGUCAUUGCAGCUGAUGGCGUUGGUUCAAAAUCUCAGAAGCUUGUUGGUGGGCAGGUGAGAGCCAUAUCAUCUGGCAGGGCAAUGUGGCGUGCGGCUUUCCCAAUUGGAAAUCUCGACAAGAACCCCAAAGUCAAGGAGUUCUUCAGCAUGGUCAACGGCGAAGAUCCAAUUGUUCGAACAUGGCUCGGCCCUGGAACUUACGCUUUGACACUUACAAGACCGGAUAUGAUGAUCUGGAUCAUGAAUCACGAUGCCACCGGAAGCGAGAAAGAAUCUUGGAACGACACCAUCGACGUAGAUGAAGUCCUCAAAGGGAUGGAUGACGUCCCAGGGCCCGUGAAAUGGGCUCCCAUCUUCAAAGAUCUUGUCAAGUGUACACCCAAAAACACAAUCAUUAACUUCGAGCUUCUUUGGAGAAAUCCUCAACCAAGUUGGACUUCACCCGGAGCACGUGUUAUCCAAAUUGGAGAUAGUGCUCACUCUUUCCUUCCUGCUUCCGGCAAUGGAGCGACACAGGCAAUUGAAGAUGCUAUCACACUUGCUACUUGUCUGCAGAAGGGAGGCAAGGAUAAUAUCGCAGACUCAGUGCGUGCUCACAUCAGAUUUCGAUUCAUCCGCACAGCAUGCGCCCAGAAGAUUGGAUUCGUCAAUGCGGAUUUGCUUCAAGAGACAGAUUGGGAGAAAGUGAAGUUGGACCCACGCAGAGCGCAGCCACUAAUGCCUAGAUGGAUUUGGGAACAUGACCCAGAAGUGUACGCGGAGGAGAACUACGAAAAGGCAAUCUCAUCGAUCAAGAAUGGUGUCCCUUUUGAUGACGAUGAGAACGUUCUUCCUAACUAUCCGAUUGGUUAUAAGUUCGAGCCUUGGAGCAUUGAACAGAUUAUUGAGGACAAGCGGAAUGGCAGAGAGGUUUCCCUUGGCACAGGGAAGUGGCUUUAGACUUGGCAACUGUCUAAGUGUGAUUUGGUAUGCUUCAGGCGCACACUUGUGCCAACAAAUGAGCAACACAAACUUUCAUCCGCAUAGAUGUUACAUUCCAAUCUCAUCCGUGCGAUCAAAAUUUAUUAUCUUGUUUGCGAGUAUCGAAUUUGUCUGACGCAUGCUAUCAAGUGCAAAGUGAUGCGACCAUUAGAACUAUAGCUAGAUAAGCAUGACCUUGCUCUGGACUCUUUUCAAUCGACG